AUGAGCUCGUAUCUAGCGUCUUUCACGUCCUCGUCCUCCAUCUCCAAUGCCCUGGGAUCCAGACUCAACAGCCUCCGCCGGGCCAUCACACUAGGCGAUGAAGGGGACGACCCGGAGAACGAAGACUGCUCGCACAUCUCCAACGCUCUCCGAGCAUACUACACAGAUAAGGGACGACCCUUCCCUAGCUGGCUCCCUCCUGACCCCAAGACCCCGGCUGCCGCUGCAACCCGCCCCAUCGCGACCGCCUCCUCCGGACAAUACGGCCAAGCUCCCGCCGGUGCCUACGGCCGGGGUGGCGGUCUAAGUGAUAUCUGGGGUGAUUCAGGCGCACCCUCGCCAGGCAGUGCGCAAACUUCCAGUCUCCGCCGUGGCCGUGGCAGCGGUGCGAGUGGUGCGAGCGGUUCAGGGCUGGCACCUUCUCAAAGUACUCCGCCCGGCCCUGUGAUGUCCCCCCGCCUCAGCUCUCGCAGACGCAGUCUCAUUCACCUUCAUCAGGUGGUCUGCAUCCCGCAGGGGCUCGACCACUGCCCAGCCAGCGUACUGGGUCCUAUCAGUCGACGCAGUCUGGACGGUCUAGCCAGGAUAGUAGGUCCGGGGCAGGCUCGGCGCAGGAACGAUUGCGGGCAAGGUUGCAUGGUGGGCGAUCCCCCAGUCCGGGAAAUCUCGAUCCAAGCGUUCGCAAGCCCGUAG